CACAGCUUGAUUGGUGCCGAAAUAUAAACAAAUACAAAUCGCUGUCAAAAACUAAACAACACGGCAAUAUUGCCACAUUCUACACAAUAAUUUCCGUAUUUUCCGCUUCUAAAUAUCGAAUUUUGUUCGUUGCCUAAGUUUUUCAUUCAAAAAUACAACGAGACAUACAGCAAAAGGGUGAACUAACACAGCCUGGGUGAAAUAAAACGUUACUUGUCUAACAAUGAAGGAAGAAAAUCAACAAUUUGAUGUGGCCUCCCACUUUGUUAGCAUUCUUGAAAAGGACGAUAACAUGUCGCCCGGUAUAGCAGCCAUAAAAACGUUGCUAAUGGUACUGGAAAAAACGAAAUUUGAUACCGUCCAAGAGUUUCACUCGACUCUCCAGGCGGCCGUCGGGGCAAUGCGUAAAACGGACAAACCGAUGACAUCGGUCGUUUCCGGAACGGAGUUAUUCUCACGGUUCAUUACGUUGGCAAAGUUCGACGACAAAACAAUGGAUGAAGUGAGAGAAAUUAUGCUGAAUAGGGGCAAAAUGUUUCUGGAAAAGCUGCUGGAAAGUAGAAACGUGAUUGCCAAGCAGGCCAUCACAUUCAUUACCGAAGGAUGCCGAAUUCUUACACACGCGCGAUCUAGAACUGUGCGUGAAGCUUUAAUAUUAGCGGCUCAAAAUAACAAACGAUUCCACGUAUUUGUUACUCACAGCGCUCCGGAUCAUCAUGGCGAACAAAUGGUGAGAGAGCUGGAAAAUGAAGGUAUCGACUGUACGCUAAUUCUGGACACGGCCAUAGGGUACGUGAUGGAAACGGUCGAUAUGGUGCUGGUCGGUGCUGAAGGUGUGGUCGAAAGUGGUGGUAUCGUCAACCGUAUCGGUACCGUGACGAUGGCAAUAUGUGCCAGGGAGAUGAAAAAGCCCUUCUACGCGUUGGUAGAAAGUUUUAAGUUCUGUCGACUGUAUCCUCUUAACCAGCGGGAUUUACCGAAUGAGUACAAGUACAACAAGAAAAAUCUGAAAGACACGGCAAAGGUACACCCGAUGGUUGAUUACACGCCGCCCGGAUACAUUACUUUACUGUUUACCGAUCUCGGCAUUCUAGCACCCAGUGCUGUUAGUGAUGAACUGAUUAAAUUGUAUCUGUAGAGAUUGUUUUCUUCCGAAAAGUAACAAAGUUGCAUAUGUUGGAUCAUCUAUGCCUGGCUCCUUUUUAAA